UUACGUUUUUGUUGAGAGUUUUUUUCUGCAGGUUUCUUUUGUUUUUUUGUGUGUGUGUAUUUCAAAUUAGUCUGAUUACUUUUUAAUUUGCGGUCUAAACGUGUCUUAACACGAUUUCACUUUUUUAGGCUUUACCCUAUUUCUCACACACGUAUUAAGGCAAGCGCACCGCCCUGAUUAUGACUGACUGGGUCGUAUUAAACCUGAACGCCAGUCUUCAUGGAGCCCUCUCAGAGUGCACCCACGGCCCUGGAGCGCUUACCUUUCAACAACACCGCGCUGAAAAAGCUGCCGGUGGAUGAGUCAGAUGAGCUCGGGUGCCGGACGGUCCCAGACGCGUGUUUCUCGAGAAUCCGUACUCUUCAGCCCCUGAUACGCCCGGUCUUCGUGGCCCACUCGCAUUCAGCACUGGCUCUGCUCGACUUGACUGUGCAGGAUGUGUCCACUGAUCCUCUGGGCCCGGAAUAUCUGAGCGGCUCCAGGCUGCUGCCGGGCUCCGAGCCGGCUGCGCACUGCUACAGCGGACACCAGUUCGGACUGUUUGCGGGACAGCUGGGAGAUGGAGCGGUGAUGUACCUUGGGGAGGUAGAAUCGGGCACCCACGGACGGUGGGAGAUUCAGGUGAAAGGAGCAGGAGUCACACCUUACUCCAGAGAUGGUGAUGGCAGGAAGGUGCUUCGCUCCAGUAUCAGAGAGUUCCUGUGCAGCGAGGCCAUGGCCACCCUGGGGAUACCCAGCACCCGUGCAGCUUCCCUCGUGACCUCUGACCUCUAUGUCAGCAGAGACCCACUCCAUAGCGGCAGGCGCAUUCCUGAGCGCUGCUCAGUCGUCCUGCGUCUCGCCCCGUCCUUCAUCAGGUUUGGAUCUUUUGAGAUCUUUCUGGGUCGUGAUGAUUUUUCAGGCCUGCAAGGUCCCAGUGCAGGGCGACAUGACAUUCGCGCUCAGCUACUGGAUUAUGUCAUUGAGACUUUUUAUCCUUGCAUCCAGCAGACUCAUAGCAACCGCAGAGAGAGGAACAUGGCUUUUUUCAGAGAGGUGAUGAUGCGAACUGCUAAGCUGGUGGCCCAGUGGCAGUGUGUUGGGUUUUGUCAUGGCGUCCUCAACACAGACAACAUGAGUAUCUUGGGUCUUACUCUGGAUUAUGGCCCCUUUGGUUUCAUGGACAGAUUUGAUCCAGAUUUUGUUUGCAACGCCUCGGACAAAAGAGGACGCUACUCAUACCAAGCCCAGCCUUCUGUGUGUCGCUGGAACUUGGCUCGCCUGGCGGAAGCACUGGGCUCUGAGCUGGAUGCUGCUCGGGCAGGAGCUGUCCUAGAUGAAUUCAUGCCCACAUACGAAGCCCUUUACCUGUGCAUCAUGAGGAAAAAGCUGGGCCUCGUGAGAAAAGAAGAGGCACAGGACAGGGAGCUCAUAUCAGACCUGCUGCAUCUCAUGCACAACACUGGAGCAGAUUUCACCAACACCUUCCGCCUGCUGAGCCGUGUCCCCUGGCCUGAGGAGGGUGACAGUGAGGAGGCCACAGUGGGGUCAGUCGUGGACCUCAUCCUAAAGCAAUGCGCCUCUAUUGAGGAGCUAAAGGUGGAUAAUAAGCCGACUAUGGAGGACCGUGAAUUGGCCAUGAUUCUGUCCAUGGCACAAACCAACCCAGUCAUGUUUGGCAUGGUGGCAGACACGCCAGGCGUGUCCCAGCAACUUGAACGGAUGGGCCGGCAAAAGGAGCUGCAUCAGACAGAUCAGGAUGAGCUUAAGAAAAAGCAGCGCGAUGACUGGAUACGCUGGGUUAGCCGAUACAGGAGGCGUUUAACCAGGGACUGUGAUGAUGCGAGGGACUUGUCUCUCAUCAAAAAGGAAAGGCUCAGUGUGAUGAACAACACCAACCCCCGUGUCAUCUUACGCAACUAUAUCGCCCAGAAUGCAAUUCAGGCUGCAGAAAAGGGAGAUUUCUCUGAGGUCAACAGGGUCCUCCAAAUUCUGGAAAAACCAUAUUCUGAUGCAUUUGAGCUUGAAACUUUGGAUGAACAUAAUGCCAGUGAACUGAUGGUUUCCUAUGACAGGAAACCACCUGCCUGGGCACAAGGAAUUUGUAUCACCUGAUCCUCGUAGAUCCUCCCAAACAGGUCCAGGAGAGAGGUCUGUAUCCACUGGUGGACCACACAGGCCUACUGAUACUGCUGCUGCUCCUCUCCAGUUCCAUCUCAGACUUUCUUUCCUGGUCCCUAAAGGGAGGAUGUGAUGUAACCCAGUGUGUUACAGUGUUCAUCAGAAUCAGAUCAAUGUUUGUGUGAUCAUGUUUUCAGUGCACCUUUUAAAGGUGUCAACAAUGAUACAGUACCAUUAUAGUAAAGCAACAGCAUAUGAUAAAUAACAGUAUAAUUUGGCCAUGCUACUGAAGUUACACAAUUAUAGACAAAAGACACACUUCUCUAUGGAGCUGUUUUUCAGUGUCUGACUUCACAAAUGCUCUAAUGCAAAAAUGGGCAAAAAUUCCCACAGAAACACACCAAAUUCUUGUGGAAAGCCUUCCCAGCAUUCUAAGCUGUCUGUGCACUUAGAAUGCGAUAUAACUACAGUCUUGUUGGUAUAAUGUUCAGGUGGUACCAUCCAGAGAAGUAAUCAAUAUAUUUGCUGAUGAAAUAUGACGACUCAGAUGACCAGUCACAUAAUGACCUGUCUGGGUCUGAAGCACCAGGAACACACUGACAAAUGUGACAAAUGUGAUUACAAACACGAGCGAUUCAAAAUAUUUUUGAAACCUACUGCAGACGGAAUAGAUGGAAUGACUGUUGGCACUCUGUUUCUGACAGUUUCUCUAAGUUUAAAUAAGAUAAUUACAUGUUGUUCACUACAAUGUAUGUUCAUUAAUUUUCAGGUUUUGUCUGAUUUGACAUUAGAUAGUCAAUUAGCUCAGUAUCUUUCAGGCCUUAAAAAUUCUGAGAGAAAUACUUAAACCAACAAUCAAAUUACUUGUAUUUAACAAUCUUUUCCUGUAUUGGUGAUACCCCAGAUUUUGAAUUUUGUCAUUCAUCAACUAUAUUACAGUG